GCACGUGAGGGUACGUGACAGAGAAUGGGAGGGUUGAUGCAUACAGUGCCCAGUUUAGCAGUUUGCUUGAAUGACCCAGCGGCGCCACAAAGAGGCAGUGGUAGGGCUGUAGACUAGUCUGUCAUCACACCGCGGUACCAGAGUCCGGAGAAAGAAACGCGAAUAGGAGCAAAGACAGUGUGUCUAGAGAGAAUGGGAAAGGGAGAAACUGAGCGCAUAGGCCUACAGCAUCAGCAGCAUCUGAAAAAGCAGAGGCAAACGCACGGUGUGUCAUAUUCCUGCGUAUAACAGAGGAGGAUGGAGACUUUCCCGUUGCGCCAGAGAUCUGGACUGAUAAGAUUAUAUGUUUGUGGAUAGCCUACCAAUAGGAAAAGGUGUUUUCUGGAGGUUUGAGGACAGCGAAGGUCCAUCACCUUCAACUGCCCCGUCAAUCUAAUUUCAAGGAGCCACAUCAUAAGAAACUACCUAGAGAACUGGCAUUUUGGAGGAUAUGAUCGGUUUUAUUGUUAAAUUCAUGUAGCAAAACAAAAAACAAAAGGUUUUAUCAUUUGUAUGUUUACCAGUAUGAUGAACUCUUUUUUGGAUUCUUCGCCUGCUGCUAUGAUUGAUACAAUUCCUGUCAGCGGUAUGUCCACUGCUGGGACGGGCGCUGUAACCAGUGCGCUUCGAAAUGAUUUGGGGUCCAAUAUUCAUGUCCUGAAGACUCUGAACCUGCGGUUUCGCUGUUUUCUUGCCAAAGUUCAUGAAUUAGAGCGGAGAAACAAAUUAUUAGAGAACCAACUGCAGCAAGCCUUGGAUCAACAACGAUACCAAGUAUACACUCGUGAAGUGGCUGUCCAAACCGACUCUCCUGAAUCCCGACUACCUGGUACCAUUUGGAGUUUCACGCACGUGAGAAGACACGGAGAGCGCUAUGAGACUCUCCAGGGCCCUGGUGUAUCCUGGAAUCAUCCGGACGGUGUUGGGGUCCAAAUCGAUACCAUCACCCCAGAAAUACGAGCUCUGUAUAAUGUGUUGGCUAAAGUCAAACGAGAGAGAGAUGAAUACAAGAGAAAAUGGGAAGAGGAGCUGAACAGACGAGAGCAGCUCGAGUCCUUGGUGGAAUCCAUGCAGGAGAGUGCCCAGGAGUCAGAGAAGAUCCAGGAUGAACUGAAUGAGAAGGUGGAGAGGCUGAAGGCUGAGCUGGUGGUGAGCGAUAAAAUGUCCGACAUGGACACUAAGAUCCAGGAGAAAGCCACACUGGUGGACAUGGACAUCUGCCGGCGCAUUGACAUCACCACCAAACUGUGUGACGUGGCUCAGCAGUGCAACUCAGAGGACAUGUCAAAUAUGUUCAACGUGAGCCCGGCCAGGUCGCUCCCAGAGAGGGGUGCCAUGGCGUGCUGCAGGAAGAAGGAGUGCAAGCCUGUGUCUGACGAGGACAGCUUUGAGAUGGAUGCAGACCCCAGCACAAGUACCUCAGAGGAGGAGGUCCCGCUCAACGUUACUGAUGAAAUGAAACGCAUGCUCAACCAGCUAAAUUGUUCAGAUGAUAAUUUUGUUGCCAGGAGGGAGACGUUUGACAUUGAUGAUGACUGUGACAGCCUGACGUGGGAAGAGAAUGACGAGACCCUGUUGCUAUGGGAGGACUUCAACAACUACAAUAUACAACCCGGUGCCAUCACCGCGGCAAACUGCACAGUCACCAGCGCAGCCAACAGCAACACAGAGGAGCCUGUCUCUCAGGAUGGAAGCCUGGGCAGCCUCAUAGAUGAGACAGAAUCACUAUUCAAGACCAGAGAGCAGGAGUACCAGGAGACCAUUGGCGCAAUUGAGAUGGAGCUAGCCACAGCGAAGAGUGACAUGAACAGACACCUGCAUGAGUACAUGGAUAUGUGUAGCAUGAAGCGUGGUCUGGACGUGCAGAUGGAGACGUGCAGGAGGAUGAUUAAAGGGGGCAGGAACUCUCCCUCUGUCAGUGCGGUGGCUAGCAGCGACUCAGGGAACACUGACGAGAUCCAGGACAAACUACUAGACAAGGAUGGAGAGGCUGAGGUGCCAAUCAGUUGAUAGCCUGGCUCCACCCCCUUCCUCCCCUGUUCACUGACAGCUGCUCACAGAGCUCCACUCUGCUUGGGGGCUGACCCCAGUGUUCUGCCCUGCUUGGCAUCUUUAGCCAAGGGGUACUGGUGGUCCUGAUGGUCCCAAUUGUCCUAUGGAUCUGGCCCACUGUCCCAGGCCCGGAACUGGUGCUUAUUGUCUCUGUUCUCACAGGAAUGAAGGGGGACGGGGUUCAUUUGCUUCACAAGUGUUUUAAGGCAGAGGUGGUACAUACAAUAUAGUGUCUGAGCUGUGCUCUCUUCCACAGUGCUGCACAGGAACAUCCAGCAAAACAAUCAACAUGAUCAAACAUGUCAUUCUGGCUCACUCUUAGCAUAGUCUAAGCAGUUCCACUGUCACCACUGUCAUUCUAUUGGCCUGAGGCUGAACAGUCCAUUUGGUGAAGAGGGAACAACAUGCACAACAUUAUUCACCAGUGAGAAUAUCUAUCCUUUUGAGUUUUUUAAUAAUCACACAAAACAUCACAGAUCAAGAGCAGUCACACUAUUUUGUACUUGCACGUUCCCCAUAGAUGCAGAUUGAUCAUUCACAUAUACUGUACAUGCAAAUGUUCAAAUGGGGAUUGAAAUGUUCUCACCAAAGAGUCAAAGCUAAAAAAUCAGUUGACUGGACUCUCCACAGUUACCAGUGUUGACUGGACUCUCCACAGUUACCAGUGUUGACUGGACUCUCCACAGUUACCAGUGUUGACUGGACUCUCCACAGUUACCAGUGUUGACUGGGGAACGGAGCACAGCCCUUUGCUGCUAUAAUGCAUUGUUCACAUUCUAUGCAAUUUAGCUAGCCUUAUUUCAGGAUAACCUUUGACCUUCAUUACCCCUCUUUUCCCUCAUGAUUUGCCUUUUUAACCUGGGCAGGUGUUUUCUAUCUGUUAUUCAGAGUGCUCCUGUGUGUUCUCCAAAGUAGAAGAGCAAUGGGAGGUGCAGAAUUAUCUCAUAAAAGGAAAACUCCCUAGUGUCCUUUGUCAAAGGCAUACCUUCUCCCCCUAUCCAUGUUAAUUUAGAGGCUGUAAACAUUUGAAAGGUUAUCCAAAACAAUAUGGAACAAGGUGCCAGCAAACAUGCUGUCUUUGAUUUGUAUUGCCUUAUGCUUAUUACUAUCAUAGUAAGCUUAAAUAAUUUCCCCUUAAAUGUAUCUAAUUGGUAGAACUAAGUUAUUGAUGAUUCCUUGGGCUACUCUUUGGUAAGUCCAAAGCAGUGGAAGCUGCUGAGGGGAGGAUGGCUCGUGAUAAUGGCUGGAACGGAGUGAAUGGAAUGGCAUCAAUGGAAACCAUGUGUUUGAUGUAUUUGAUACUAAUCCACCUAUUCAGCUCCAGCCAUUACCACGAGCCCGUUCUCUCCAAUUGAGGUGCCACCAACUUCUUGUGGUCCAAAGAGCUUUUGAAAGUUAUUGGUCACCUGUUUGUUCUCUCAGAGAUAGGGUACUGAAAUGAUAUAUUACAUAAAACGAUCACGUAAACAGGCAAUACUAUGAACAUUGGUUAAUGAUACAUUCCCUAGAUUAUACACUGAAAAAUGUGGUAUUUAGGAUUUUAUUUUGCCAAUCUUGGAUACUAAACUCAGAUGGCCUUUCAUAACAACUCCCACCUGUCUGUCCAGCAGGGUGCACUGUUCCUAUCAUAUUCCGUUCCGUCUAAUUGUCAUGAGCCCUGGAUUGGGUUUAUAAUUAUUUGUACGUAGAUAAGAGGGCUGUUGGCAUGUGAUCGUAUACCCCAGAUGCCUUUCUGUUCAUAUUGCCCUAUGUAUAAUUCAUUUUUUGUAUUACAUCCUGUCUAAUGAUUUGAAUUAAAUGAAUCAAUUAACAAAAUUGAUCAAUGCAUGUGGAUUGGGGGAGGUUUUCUGGAAGUUAUUUUUCAAUUGGUUUAUGGAGUGUUGUUAGUUUGCAGAAUCAAGGACAAGUGCUAUUUGUAUGAUGAGGGUUUUAAGAUGGAAAAAUAAUGACAUUUGUCAUUGCAUUGUUUUAUGAAGGAAGAAGGGCUAUUGCAUUUGGUUGUUUCUUUGAAUUAUUUUACAUUGAACUAGAGGCACAUAGUUGUAGUAUUGUAAUUCCCUAUAAUUUCUUAAAUCAAAAUAUGCAUUAUGUUCCUGUAAUUUUACAUGGGCCCAUGAAUUUGCGUUGUACAGAUUGAAUUGUGAGUGUUGAGGCAUAAAUGAAAUAGUAUCUUCUUGUUGAACAAUCAUGGAUGGUAAAAAUUGUAUGGAAACUUAACUAUUUCAUAAUUUCAUCUGACACAAAGAUUCUGGCCCAACCAGUCUAUUGUAUAUUAUUUCCUAAACCAUAGUAAAGUGCCAAAACUCAUACACACUAUAAAGACAAAUAACAUUUAGGGAGAGGCCUUAUUCCCAGCUAACUAUAAAAAUAAUUUGUGUUAGAUUUAAAAUCAGCCUGACGAGUACAGCACUAAGCCAUGCUUUUUUUCCGUCCAUUGUUGCACCAUACAGUAUAGGCUGGGAAACACCUUGUAUGUUGUACAGUAGACAUAUGUGCCUUUAGUUCUCAUGUCUCAUGGUGACUGUAAUAUUGUUGCAUAUUUUCAAUUGAACAGAUUGUCGACACCUUCUUUGCUGAAUGUAUGGUCAAUAUUUAGGAGCAGUCUUCUGACUAGACCUACAGUCCCAACCUUACAAUCAGAACUGGUGCAUAUCUCAGGAUAUGGGUCAGAACACAGAAACCUGAUGUGUACAUGGCACAUUGUUCUUUAUUGUCUAAGCAAACACAAAUUGUACAUGUAUAGUUGAACUACUACAUUAUGUACCCUUGGGAAUUUGAAAUUGUUGGGUUUAAUUGUUUCAUAGGUAUUUUAUAUGGUUGGUUUUAUCGAUGUAGUGCUAGGGUCUAAAGUGUUACAUUAGCCAUUACUGAAAUGUACACUGUAUGACCCAAAGUAUGUGGACACCUGCUCGUCGAUCAUCUCAUUCCAAAAUCAUGGGCAUUAAUAUGGAGUUGGUCCCCCAUUUGCUGCUAUAACAGCCUCCACUCUUCAUGGAAAGCUUUCCACUAGAUGUUGGAACAUUGCUGCGGGGACAUGCUUCCCUUCAGUCACUAGAGCAUUAGUGAGGUUGGACAUCGAUGUUGAGUGAUUAGGCCUGACUCGCAGUCAGUGUUCCAAUUCAUCCCAAAGGUGUUCGAUGUGGUUGAGGUCAGGGUUCUGUGCAGGUCAGUCAAGUUCUUCCACACUGAGUUCGACAAACCAUUUCUGUAUGGACCUCGCUUUGUGCACGGGGGCAUUGUCAUGCUGAAACAGGACAGGGCCUUCUCCAAACUGUUGCCACAAAGUUGGAAGCACAGAAUCAUCUAGAAUGUCAUUGUAUGCUGUAGCAUUAAGAUUUCCCCUCACUGGAACUAAGGGGCCAAGCCCAAACCAUUGUUUGCUAGAUGGUGAAGUGUGAUUCAUUACUCCAAAGAACGUGUUUCCACUGCUCCAGAGUCCAAUAGCGGCGAGCUUUACACCACUCCAGCCGACGCUUGGCAUUGCGUAUGGUGACCUCAGGCUUGUGUGCAGCUGCUUGGCCAUGGAAACCCUGACGAACAGUUCUUAUGCCGUUGCUUCCAGAGGCAGUUUGGAACUUGGUAGUGAGUGUUGCUUCCAAGGACAGGCAAUCUUUACAUGCUUCAAUACUCGGCAGGCCCGUUCUGUGAGCUUGUGUGACUUUCCACUUCGUGGCUGAGCCAUUGUUGCUCCUAGAUGUUUCCACUUCACAAUAGUAGCACUUACAGUUGACGGUGCAGCUCUAGCAGGGCAGACAUUUUAUGAACUGACUUGUUGGAAAGGUGGCAAACAAUGACGGUGCUACAUUGAAAGUCACUAAGCUCUUCAGUAAGGCCAUUCUACAAAUUUGAAGGGGUGUUCACAUACUUUAGUAAAUAUUGUGUAUCUUCCAUUGCUUUGUCACCCUAACGUUCAGAGCUUGUCUGUAUUGGGUGGGUUUCCCUGUGUUCUAGAGAGGCAGAGGUAGGUCAUCAUCCCCAGUCAAGGUGGCCAUGGAGGAAAGUACUGUCUUUGAUGACCAUUAUUGACCUCAUUGUAUUUUCAUACACAUUACAUAAUAAUGAUGCUAUUUCAAGCCUGUUGUUUUUAAUUUAAAUGAUUUAUUUCCCUGCAUCUUUAUUUUUUCAAUGCAUACCUCUGUGCAUUGUAAAAUAUUAUGUUAUUUGUAUGUAAACUAUUAGUAGAACAUUGCAUUCAUGGGGAUUCGGGGUAUACUGUUGUUUGAAAAUAAUGAAUGUACACUGUAAUUGGUGUUGGGGGAAAGUUAAAUAAAAUGGUGGAUUGCCUUUA